AUGGCACCUCACGCGGAAGUCGGCGUCGGCUCCAUGAACGGGUACAGUGCGACUCAGGCAACGGCAACAUCCUCCCCCAAGGAACUUUUCACCGUCGACUCGCCCAAUGUCAAGUACACCGAUGACAAGAUCGAGAGUAAGUAUGUCUAUCGCACCACCGCCGUCACCAAGGGCGCCGAUGGUAAAUACAAGGCCGCCCCCAAGGAGACGGUCUACGAUUUCCAGGUCGAGCGCAAGGUCCCCAGGACUGGUAUGAUGUUGGUGGGAUGGGGUGGCAACAACGGUUCCACCGUCACCGCAGGUAUCAUCGCCAACCGUCGCAACCUCGUCUGGGACACCCGUGAAGGUCCUCGCGCCGCCAACUACUACGGCUCCGUCAUCAUGGGCUCGACCAUGAAGCUGGGAACCGAUGCCGAGACGGCCGAGGAGAUCAACAUCCCCUUCCACAAUGUCUUGCCCAUGGUGCACCCCAACGACCUCGUCGUGGGAGGAUGGGACAUCAGCAGCUUGAACAUUGCUGCUGCCAUGGACCGCGCUCAGGUCUUGGAACCCACCUUGAAGGCCCAGGUGUACAAGGAGAUGGCCCAGAUGAAGCCAUUGCCAAGUAUCUACUACCCUGACUUCAUUGCCGCCAACCAGGGUGAUCGUGCAGACAACGUUCUGCCGGGUCAGAAGGCAUGUUUGGCUCACGUGGAACAGAUCAGAAAAGACAUCAGCGAUUUCAAGGCGCAGAACAACUUGGACAAGGUCAUUGUCAUGUGGACCGCCAAUACGGAACGUUAUGCCGAUAUCAUUCCUGGCGUUAACGACACUGCCGAGAACUUGCUGAAGGCUAUCGAGUCCGGCCACGAAGAAGUCUCUCCUUCGACCGUCUUUGCCGUGGCUUGUAUUCUCGACAAGGUCCCUUUCAUCAACGGCUCUCCUCAGAACACCUUUGUGCCUGGUGCCAUCGAGCUUGCUGAGAAGCACGGUGCGUUCAUCGGUGGUGAUGACUUCAAGUCUGGCCAGACGAAGAUGAAGUCUGCCCUGGUUGACUUUUUGAUCAACGCCGGUAUCAAGCUCACCGCAAUCUCCAGCUACAACCAUUUGGGCAACAACGACGGCAAGAACUUGUCGUCGCAGAAGCAGUUCCGCUCCAAGGAGAUUUCCAAGAGCAACGUUGUCGACGACAUGGUCGCAGCCAACACUGUCUUGUACAAGAAGGACGAGCAUCCUGAUCACUGCGUUGUCAUCAAGUACAUGCCAGCCGUGGGCGACAACAAGCGUGCUCUCGAUGAGUACUAUGCUGAGAUCUUCAUGGGUGGCCACCAAACCAUCAGCAUCUUCAACGUGUGCGAGGACUCUCUGCUCGCGUCGCCAUUGAUCAUUGAUUUGGUUCUUGUGGCCGAAAUGAUGACUCGUAUCUCCUGGAAGAGUGAAGCAGCUGGCGACUAUAAGGGUUUCCAUAGUGUGUUGAGUAUUUUGAGCUAUAUGCUGAAGGCACCACUCACCCCUCCCGGCACCCCUGUUGUCAACGCCUUGGCCAAGCAACGAGGUGCCUUGACCAACAUCUUCCGUGCCUGCGUCGGUCUUCAACCUGAGUCCGACAUGACCCUUGAACACAAGUUGUUCUAG